AGCCACUGCCAGCGGAUUCCAUCGCGUCGUGUGGGCGGUCUUCCACCUACUCUCGCAUUCUCAAUCUAUUCCUUAUCCUUGCCUCUAUAUACCUCGGGCCAGAUGGCACCUUAUCUCGAGACCGUCAAGUCAUUCGCGGAUGUCAAGGUUACCGACGCUGGCGUCGACACUCUUGAAUUUCUUCAGGCUGCAGAGGGUGUAGUAGGUCUCUUUGAUCUGCUUGGGUCCGCUGCCUUUACCGCUGUCCAAGCCGACCUCAAGGGUAACAUCGUGAAAGUCCGCACUCGCUAUGAUGCGACUCCAGCUCAAUCUGAGACUCUUGAGCUGCUUGUAGUUAAUGAGAAGGGCGAGAAGAAGAGGACCGCUACUGAAGGACUCAUGUGGCUUCUCCGCGGUCUUGUCUUCACUUGCAAGGCUAUUCAGAAUGCUCAGGCAAACCAGUCCGAAGAGUUAUCUGUUGCUUUUAGCAAGGCGUAUGACGUAACGCUCAAGAAGUAUCAUAACUUCGUUGUGAAGGGUAUUUUCGCGGUUGCCAUGAAAGCCUGCCCUUACCGCGCGGAUUUCUAUGCCAAGCUGGCAUCUGAUCCUGCGGGCGGGCCCCCCGUUCCCACAGACCGGCUCAACGAAGAACUCAAUACAUGGCUGGAGUCACUUGAGAGCAUCGUGACUCGCAUGGAAGCAUUCUACGAGAAGGGCGGCCAUAACAAAGGGUUUUAAUUCAGUUGUCUAUAUCAGUGCGUGUCAUGACGGAUGGUCUGUCAAUUGUAAUGCGGCUACGAUAACGCGCAGCAGUGGGCGUGUUGGUAUCUGCGCAUUCGACAUGCCGUAACGGAGAGACCAAUAUAUUCGAGCCUCUGAUAGUGAUACUUCGGCAUGAACCUAAGCCGUGUAGUUUGAGAGACUGCCCACAGAGACGGAAGUUUAUACCCAUUUGCACUGCAUCAUCAAUUGUUCUUUCGUCACCCAUAUAAAGUGCCCUUGGCCUGUCAAGCUUCAAGCUUCAAGUCCCAUAGCCUUCUUGAUCGAACUUUACACGCGUUCCGUGAAGCAUGUUUAUCUGGACUUCGGGCCUGUGACUACUAAGCGAGUAAGUCGCAUUUGGAUAUAUUGAC